UUUAUCAGCCUAUAAUCACAUAUAAAACGAUUCAAUAAAGGUGAAACAAAUACCAACAAUAUAUUACAAAAUUAGCGAUGUCUGGUGAUCAAGUUCUGCAAAAUACAUUGCUGUUAUCCGAAAAAACCGCAGAACACACAGAAACUAGUAACAAUUUAGAGAAAUCAAGGACACCUAAAAAUAUAAUUGUUAAAGUUAAUGGUCUCCAGAUACAAUCGAACUUAAAUCCAAAUGCUUUAGAAUUUAUACCCAUCAAUUUGCAAAAUAAGCCUCAAAUACAAUUAAAUGAAGAACUAAGAAAAUUAAUACUAAAAAAUGGAAUAGAUGGAAAAUUUACUCAAGAAAAGAGUUUUAAAAAGCAAGAACAUUUCAUAAAUGAUAACGAACCUAUUGUUUCUAAAAAUAUUGAAAGUAUUGGAAAUAAACAAGUAUCUAAGAAUAUAACAAGAGCUGAGCCAAUAGAGGAAAAUGAGAGAACAAAUGCAAAUGGGCACGAGAAAAUAGAUUUAAAUAUUGAUACAAAUCAACUGUACAUGCUGUUUGCCAGACCUUCUGAAGUUAAACAUACGAGUUCAGAAACAGAAAUAUCAGAAGAUAAUGAUAUCCAGCCAGAAAAUACAAUAAUUGACAAAAAAAUUAAUUUAAUUCAUAAUGAAAGUGAGAUAGAGGUAAAUGAUUUAAAUACUGAAGAAAAUACUUGUUUACAUGAAAAUGUUCUAAAAAUUACUGAUGAUAUCAAUGAGUUACUAGAAGUCCAUCCAGAGAAUGUAAAUAAAUCUAAUGGGAACAUUAAGGAAUGUAUAAUAAGCCCAACAGAUAAAACCAAUAGUGGAGAUGAUAUUGAUAUUCUAGAAUUAAAAUCUGAGCAACCUCAACUAUAUGAAAAUGUAUUAGAGUUAUGUGAACAAACAAAUCACGAAGUUCAAAAUAUAAAAGAAACCAAUAUUGCCGGUAUUAUAAAUGAGACACCUGUUGAAGUCAAUGCAGAGAAUGCAAAUAACACUAAUGAAAUCGUUCAGAAAUCUAAAACAAGUUUUAUAGAUAAAACUGAAAUAAUUGAAUCAAAAUAUAAGAAUCCUCAAAUAAAUGAUAAUUUGUUAGAGUCAGUUGAGCAUAAAAAACCAAAAGUUCAAAAUAUAAAAGAAAGCAAUAAUGCCGGUGUUGAAAAAACAAGUACCUGUGGGAGGCCUAAAAAUAUAAAAAUUUCUCAAGAAGUAAAAGUUGCUAAAACAAAAUUAAACGUCAAUUCGAAAAUAGCAGCGCCACAAGUACUCAAGACUGGAACUAUUAAGAAACCCGGCUUGUCAACUAAACCUAUAAAUGAAGUUAAAGAGUGCAAACAAUUAAAUGCAGCCGUAGAAUCCGGAAAAGAAACUAAAUUAAAAACACCAACGAUUGUUCAAUGCACCAAAUUAGCCAAAAGUGUGAAAAACCAUUUGAUAACAAAAACCACCACAAAUUUCAAAUCCCAUACAUUACCAGCAAACAAACCCACAUUGCAGCCAUUUAAAAAGGAAGUGAUCAAUAGUGUAAACAAAGAUACAAUUUCAAAUAGAUCUUCCAGUUCCACAGACAAGAGUUCGCCCUCUAUCAAAUCUUCCACACAAGGCUGUAGAGUAAAAUCUAACGAAAAGCCCAAAACAAAAGAGUAUGUGCCGAAAUCACCACGACCCACGUUGUCCUCAAAAUUACGCAAGACGGAAACUCAAAAAGUAAGCUGAAUUGUAUGAUUUGAUAUGUAAAUAUUUGUCAAUUUUAUUUUUUAUCAUCUUGUUUAAACAGCGUCGAAAUUUAUUUUUUGAUCUUGAUACUAUUAAAAUGUCGGACUUUUUAUUUAAAUAAAUGUUGAAA